AUGUUUUCCUUUCGCCUUCUGCGUGCUUCGCUUAUCGCUGCGACACAGCCAGCCCAGACCGUCAAUAAACCGCAUGUGCACGUAAACAACAACAACCCACACAACCGUCUGUCUGCUCAUCCAGACUCAAUGAAGUUUUCGCCGCAAAUUGAGCCAAAACGACAUGAGGCUCGCUGCAGUUACGUAAGCAGCUGCGCACGAAACGGUGCAGUGCAGCGUAACGGUUACGGUCGAGGGGACCUUUGCUAG